UCCACAUAUCUCAACAGUUUCUCAUUCUCUACAAUCACACUUACCAAAACUCAGAGUCAGAGAGAAGUUAACGUAUAUAAUGGCAAACCGCGGCGAUCACCCGACGGUUCCUCCUCCUCCUCGACGAUUCACCUCACCACCAAGAAGAAGAGUCACUCUCACCGAAGAGAAUCAAUCUUUACUCAACUCAUUCCGCUCCUCCACCCCUUUAACCCCUCAAGAAACGGCCACGUGCACGCAGUCAUUGUUCAACUUAAUGACUAGCAGCGACGCGUCUCAGUUCAGAGAGCUGAUCUCGAGACUAGGCGACGGAAGCGAUCUCCGGAGGAUGGUCUCGUUUCUGACGUCGAACAACGCUCCCUUCUUGCAGACGGCAAGAAACGAGAACGGCUCCAACCGCAUGCAAGAUCUCCUCGGGAGAGCAGACGACGUGGACAGCUUCUUCUUGACCGCUAUCUUGCGCCGCUUCUUCUACAUGAUGAGCGACGGUGACGCGUCCCGCGUCGCGAUUCGAGGGAUGCGAGUUUUCAGCCAGGAGAAGAGAGCAGCGAUGCACGACCACCUUCUCCACGACGCGGUUCACCUAGCGUGCGACCCGGACGGGUACAUCGUGCUGAACGAUAUCAUAACCGACUUGGACCCGCGUUCUCUCGUCAGAGACCGGCUCUUGUACGUAGUGGCGCGCAACGCUCACCGGUUAAGCGACCAUACUUUCGGGAGCCAUGUGGUCCAGCGCGUGCUUCAGCUGAAUGACUUGCGUUGCACGCGUAACGUUGCCGUUAGCCUCAGAGGCCAUUUCGUUUACCUCUCGUUUACCAAGUACGGAAGCUACGUCGUGGAGAAGCUUUUGGAUACGGAGGAGACGGGGGUUAUGGUGGUGGGUGAGCUUUUGUUGGGGUGUGAUGGAGAGAGGUUGGCGUUGCUGGCGAGGAAUGAGUUUGGGAACUUCGUGGUGUGGAAGGCACUGAGAGUGACGCAGGGGAUGCAUAGGAGGGAUCUGUUUCGGCGUUUGGUGAAUAAGCUCAGGCCCUUUGUCCAUCGAUUACGUUUUCAUGGACGCAUUGGAGCAUUCUUGGACUCGCUUUAGCCUUUACAAAUUAGUUUUGUUUCAAAUGAUUGCUAUGUUGCACACUUGAAAGUUGUCAUAUUCUAUGGUUUGCUUUAAUAAACUCUGCUAAUAAGAUUUGUUACUAAUAACACAAAGUGACCCCCA